CUUACUCUCCCGGUCGGGACAAGUGGGAGGUUGCGUGCACCGUGUGCAAACCUGGCACAUAUGUUUCGGUGCCCAAUGGGGGUGCCACAGAUCUCAAAGCUCACAUGGACACCGAAAAACAUAAAAAAGCUUUGCGAGGUGAGAGUAGUUCAACAAAGUUGACGGAGUUCUUUGUGAGACCCGGGAAAUCUGAGGAUGCUGUGAAUGCAGCAGAGGGUGCAUUGUCAUUUCAUACAGCGAAACACCACAACAGCUACAGGUCCAUGGAUUGCACUAGUGCAUUGCUAAAAAAGGAUGAGUGACCUGACUGUUGGACUUAUGAGGGAACUGUAGCAGUUAUUUGGCCAUGGCGUUUCCUCAAGGAUACUUGUACCAGUCUUCGCUUUCUCUCUACUCGUGUCCGCCGUACGGCUCCGGCGCGGUAACGGGACCGCGGACAGAUGAUCUGGGACGGUCGUCCAGCAGCUCUGCAUUCGCCCCAUACGCGUCUACAGCUUUCACAAACACUUCAGCCUUCAACCCUCUCCAGUACAGCUCUGAAUCCACAGCACCCUUCACUUCAUAUGUGGGCUCCCCAUACGACCAUUCAGGCAUGUCUGGCUCUUUAGGCUUUCAUCCGUACGCCGGACCCCUGGGCGCGCACCCGUUUGGAGACCCCGCUUACCGGAAGAACGCCAUUCGAGAUGCCACCGCCACCCUGAAAGCCUGGCUCAGCGAACACCGGAAAAACCCUUACCCCACCAAAGGAGAGAAAAUCAUGCUCGCCAUCAUCACUAAAAUGACUCUCACUCAGGUGUCCACCUGGUUCGCCAACGCGCGGAGAAGACUGAAGAAAGAGAAUAAAAUGUCCUGGACGCCACGGAACAGGAGUGAAGAUGAGGAUGAGGAAGAUAGCAUUGAUUUAGAGAAAAAUGAUGACGACGAUGAGCCGAUAAGAAGAGACGAAACAACAGAGACCAUCAAAGAUUCAGUUGCCGAUGACCGCACUGAAAUUCGCCCAGAAAACCCCCACGACGACGCGACGAAGCGUGUUAUAAUCGACUGUGAAGAACAAGAGAAGCGGACAGUGUGCGAUUCUCCGGUGCCCACGACAUCCUCUCCCGGGAACGAGAUCAGCGAAACCGCAAACCCGACCCCUAAACCCAAACUGUGGUCCCUUGCUGAGAUUGCUACAUCGGACAAGGGGUGUGCCGAACCGUCCCAAACAUCUGGGGCGUCACCUGCGCAAUGCCCCUUUCCCCCCAGACAUUUAUACUAUGCGCCUCCUUUCUAUCCGGCUUUCACAAACUACGGGACUUUCGGACACCUGAACGGCGUCAGUCACGGACACUCAACGCAACUGAACGGAAUAAACACGGGCGUGUUACACAGAGCGAGAGACGGCAACAUGACUCUGGAUUUGUGUAAAGAACUCAGCUUUGAACACAAGAGGGCGAAUAUUUAGCCAAAUCAGUUUUUUUUUAUUUUGAGAAGGAGAUUUCAGUGAGCAUUCUGUCUGAACACGAAAUCUAAGAUUUUUUUAUUUUUGAAAUGAGUUUGGAUGGGUAUGUUUAAUGCGAGAAAUGCUUUUUUCCCCUUGACACAUAUAGGCCUAUCUAUCAUCUGGUGUAAAAUAUUUGUGCAAGAGGCCAAAGUACGAUUUCAAACAGUUUUGUAAUCCCCAUCAGCUGUGUUGAAACUAUCUUAAUUUUUGAACAUCAUUUUAAACAGCUCUUCUUGUCCACAGUACUCACAGUUAUGGGCUACACAUUACACAUCUGUGCCAUUGUGCAAACUCCACUUAACCUGUCAUCUGAUAUGGAACAAAUAUAAUUCUAUCAAGCAAAUUUAAUAGCCUAAAUACACUACUAGUCAGUGGUUCUCAACAUUAGAGUUUCUGCAUUAGGUAAAAUGUACUUUAUGUGGAAACAUUUAAACACAUCAGUUCAAAAAUGCAGUUGCAGUUUUAGCACCUGGUAUAUUCUUUACAAAUAUUUUGACUUCAUGAGAAUUAUUCUAUCAUGUAUUCGAAACAGACUGCUGUGCCUUCUUGAUUUGCUUGGUGUGCUACACCUAUAUAGACUCAAAGAACACACUCAGUAAAUGUAAUAGUCUCCUCCCGGGCAUAAUAUAGUGGAUAAAUUGUACAUUUAAAUAGCACAAGUCAACAUUUAUUGCUGGGGAAUUAUGGGGCAGGAGAUAUUAAAUUUAUGCUCCAUAAAGCAUCUUCUCAUGAAAUGUGUGUUGCUUUUUUCCUGCGAUGUGAGAACAGCAAGAGGCUAUAAAUGUUCAAAGACCAUUUUAAAAAGGAUUAAAUGUGUACAUUUGAAAAUGUAGUAAAGUCUUUGUAAGAAAGACAGGAUUACCAGCAAUUCCCUAUUUCUGCUCGAAUGACAGAGUCCAACAUCAACAACCAUCAGAGCGGCGAGGCUUACUGGGGUAAUACAAAGUUUUUGUACACAAAACCAUGAAAAGAGGCUGCAAGGAUUUGAAAAGCUCUAAACCCUCAGGUAAAUUCAAAGUUUGAGUAUAUAUUGAUGUGGGAAUAAUGCUAUUUCACAAUUCAGUGAAUGUAAAGCUUUGUAAAGUGAAGAAGCGUCAUGGAAACUAUCCAAUCAUCUUGUGUACACUUGUAGCAAUGUUAAACUCAACGCAGAUAUUUUAUUUAAUAUUCUUUUGCAAAGGGAUUUAGGACAGCUAUAGGUGAGUUUUCUAUUUUUGAACACAAAAUGUCACUAUUGUGCAGACCAAUUUAUAUCCAUGUACAUAUGGAAAAUCAAGCUCUGUUAUUGCAAGCUGUUAUAUAAUAUUCUUUAUCAUUAUUAACUUACUCUCAUUUAUUCAAACAGUUACUUAUACCCCAGUGGACUGGUCGCUUUUUGCUUUGUUUUUGCUUCUACAAGGUAUAACAAGAAAAGUGUGAUGAUUUUGGUGCAAGAAACAGUUGAGAAAAAAUGUUCUCUCAAUAAUUAAAACCAAAAUAAUAUGGUAACAAGCAUACAUCUUUGUGGAAUAUUGUGUGCAAAUAUGGGUUAAUAUCUUCUAAUAUGCAUAUCAUAUUAUAUGGCAUGUUUCUAAUGGCAAAUUCUAUAAGUACAAGUGAAGAGAAUACAUGGGGAGGUGUUAUUGCGGAGAUGCUGAGACAAUUUGAAAGCUUGUCUGUUCCACACCCUAAUCAAUAUAGGUGAUUCGUUUGAAGCAUGCACACUUUUGCUCUUAACUAAAGAGCGUGUAAGGCUUUUAAAAGCAUUGAUUUGGAGCCAAUCGAUGCAGACGAAGGGAGUGUUUUCCUGCAUAGUGAGAAGGCACUAACAGGCCACUGAACAGCCAGAUUGAACGAGCUGAAUUGUUGGUUGUUGAGAGGCGGGUUGUUCAUAUUUCCACUGCAGCCUGGAAUUAUCCUAAAAAUGUCUUCAUCUUCUUCUUUUGUUUUGCAUGAUAGAAGGUUAAAGUGUCUGAUUGACAACUUGUCUUAAUUCAGAUUAAAUACUGUCAAAUGUUGCGUUGUAGAGCACCAACAUGGUGCCAAUAUAGGCCAAACAAUAUGCAAAAUGAGGUAGCACUUUAUUUUACAGUACUGUUCUACAUUUACAACUAUGGUAAUUACUAGGAACUAACCCUAAACCUAACCCUAACCUUAACCUAUAUUAAGUACAUAAUAGUACUUUCUUGGGUACGUACACUGUAAGUAUACUGAAAUUACAUGUACUGUAA